GUUACACAGGAUGUAUUGAUAUAUAUACGAAAUAAAAUCGAAAUAAAAUCAAUUGCUUAAAUACAAAUUUUUUAAAUGAAAGGAGAUUAAUAUUCAUACAUGUGAAAACAUGAAUAUUUAAUACGUUUGUACUUUAUCACUCGGUACACACAGUUAUUUGUAGUCUCAGUUGAUAACGAAGGUUCCGGCGGAGAAGUAGCUGUCAUGACGUAUAUUUUAUGAACGUCUCUGUUUCUAACGUAAUAACAUCAAAAAGAAGAUUUGUUAUGGAAACUAUAAAUUGGGGGGAAUUAUUCCCAGGAAGAUGGAGCCUUGUCAUUUUUAUUUCGUACAUGGCCCUUUUUGUGAAUCAAGGCAUUAUUGUAACUUGGUCUCAACGAGAUGGGCAUUAUGAAUACAACAUUGUUAUGGUAGUAUUGAUGACAGAAGUAUUAAAGUUACUUGCUUCAGUUAUAUUAUAUUGCAAAGACAAUAGCAUUACACGUCUCAUUCAAGAAACACUGGGACAUAAGAAAGUGUUCCUUCUAUACAUGAUACCUUCAUUUUUAUAUUGUCUGUACAAUAAUUUGGCAUUCAUCAAUUUGGCUGCAUUUGAUCCAACAACUUACUAUGUUUUAUUACAAUUUCGUGUUGUUACGACUGGAAUUAUUUUCCAGGUUGUUUUUAAUAAGAAAUUGUCACUAAAACAAUGGCUUUCACUAGUGUUACUAACUAUUGGAUGCAUGGUAAAACAUAUAGAUUUGAACUUGAACAUCAGUGUAUUUGAAGCCAAAAUUAAUUUAAAUAGUAACGUAAUUUUAAUAUUUGUACAGACUAUUUGUUCUUGCCUGGCUGGAGUAUAUAAUGAAUAUUUACUAAAAGAACAAGGAGCAAAUAUCAAUAUUUUUGUACAAAAUGUAUUUAUGUACAUUGACAGUAUUUUCUGCAACUUUUUAGUUUUUGUAUUACUUUACAUCUCAGACAAUAGCACAUCAAAUAUAUUUAACAAUGCCAACCCUAGCUUACUUAUGCAGCCAAAGGUUAUUAUAAUUAUGUUAAACAAUACAGCAGUCGGUAUAAUUACGAGUUUUUUCUUACAAAAUUUAAAUUCAAUUUUAAAAACCUUUGCUAGCGCGUUGGAACUGGUAUUUACAGCAAUUCUCUGCUGGAUAAUAUUUAAUAUUCCUAUCCAUUUAAACACUGUAGUUUCUAUUGCUAUGGUGAGCUACGCAGUGAUAUUAUAUUCUCAAAAUCCAGUACAAAACAUUAGAACCAAAGAAAAAUUAAUAUCUGAUAGUAUAGUUUAGUCAAAUAAAUUUAGGAAAUUUGUAUUAAUUAUAUAUGAAUCUAGAAGUAUUUUACUUCAUAUAAACUUAUUACAUAUGUGUUCACAGAGCUAUGUUUUACUGUAUACUUUUUGUACAUAAAAUUGUUAUAGUACUUAAGCGAUACAAACAACUUGCAUAAGAUAAAAAUGAAAGUGACUUUUAUAUAGUAUUAU